AUGUGUGUUCGAUCAAAUAGCGCGAUAGCGGGUAGACGGGUCUCGCGAUGGGUGCUGCUCAUAACGACGCUGCUCUUUUUGGUAGUGUCGCAGCCGCCAGACUGGCUUGGGCGGCAGACGCAGCAGCUGCCGGUGUCACGGGAGCCUGACUGGUCCAGUAGCCUCCGGAGCACGGCAGCGUUGUUACGGGUGUCGUCUUGGCUUCCACGGGUGGCGCUCGCUGAGGCCGCACAGUCGUACUACACAGUGCUGGGGGUUUCGCGAGACGCUACCGAGCGAGAAAUCAAGCGGGCAUACCUCAAACUCGCGAAACGGUACCAUCCGGACAAGAAUCGCGGUGACAAAAAAGCCGAGCGAAAGUUCCGACUCAUUGCUCGAGCCUACGAGGUUUUGAGCGAUACAGAGAAACGGAGAGUAUACGACCAGCUGGGCGAGGAGGGCCUGCGUCAGCAGGAGCAGGGUGGCAGCCAAACCGGACCCUACCAGGGCCAGUCUGGUCAAUUCCAGCAGUUCUUUUUCCCUGGAGGCGGACCUUUUGGACACCAACAUGGGUCGAACUUUCGCUUCAGCUUUCAAGAUAACGGAGGAAGGGCCGGAGGCGCCUUCGAUACAGGUUUCCCUUUUGAGGACCUCUUCAACGAGUUUAUGGGUAGUAACCCGGGCGGUUCUCGCCAGCGUCGCACCUUCCAACAGAGACGCCGCCCUGGUGGUUACCAGCGUUGUGAAGAGACAAAAAUAUGCUCAAAUGGGCGCUGUCAGACGCGAAUCACCUGUAGCACGAUUUAG